AUAGGCAUUGAAGAAGGUGCCAAAAUUCAUAAUCGCGUGCUUUGACCUCUUAGUGUGCAUUAAAAUUCUUAGCACUGCGCAGACCUCGUUUUGAAAUUUCCAUACGAUCGUGCUAAAUAUUAGUUUUUGUAUUCCGCUCGUUAGACGCGAUUUUGUCAUAACAGUUUAGUAAUAAGUCUGUUUUUUCAUGCAGAAUUUCGAAUGUACUAAUAUAUUUCGCAUUGACCUUGAGUGUUCGUGAAAUCUGAAAAUAAUCUUUACAUUACUCCGAACAUCAAAUGUAUUUAAGUGAGAAACAAAGACAAAAUGUGAAAAUUUGACUGAAAGUGUAGUAAUUUAUAUUUGUAAAAAUGUCUUAACAUUUAAAGUACAAUCAAAUUUUAUUGACUACAUAGUAUUUUCAACCAAUUAAUAUCAACGGUGAUACACAAUGAUUUUAGUGAAAUCUAUACAUACUAUGGCCUCGUUUGCGGCACAAGCGGCUCUAAGGUCCAGAUGGAGCUCUUUAAUAGAGUCUACGAGUGUUGAUGUACCCGGGGAAAUGACUGAUGGUGUCCGAUCUGUCGUUGGAUGGCUAAAACAGGCGUCACUGGAAGUGAGACAAGUGGGAAGGCGAGCGGUGAGCCAGCUCGCCGGACGAGGCAUGGACGAUGAUGUAGUGAUUGUUCAUUUCAAUGAUGUAUAUAAUAUUGAACAGACUACGAACACUGAACCAGUGGGAGGUGCAUUAAGGUUCAGCACGGCAGUAAAAGCCCUACAACAUCUGAAUCCUCUGGUUUUAUUUAGUGGGGAUGCGUUCUCGCCGAGCAUGUUGAGCACCUUCACAAAAGGCGAGCAAAUGGUCCCAGUCCUAAAUGAAAUAGGUACUCAUUGUGCAGUUUUCGGAAAUCACGACUUCGAUUUCGGACUAGACGUCUUAUCGAACCUGGUUUCCCAGUGCAACUUCCCAUGGCUCAUGUCGAACGUGAUUGACAAUGAGACCGGUAGACCGUUGGGCGAUGGGAAGAUAACACACGCAUUACUCUGCAACGGUCAUAAAAUCGGUCUCAUCGGUUUAGUGGAACAGGAAUGGUUGGAAACGUUAGCGACAAUAAACCCGGACGAAGUAACAUUCAUAGAUUUCCUUCAAGCAGGAACGAAGUUAGCGUCGCAAUUAAAACAAGAGGGUUGUGAAUAUGUAAUAGCUUUAACGCAUAUGAGGACCCCUAACGACAUCAAACUAGCCGAAGGUUGUACGGAAAUUGAUCUCAUUUUGGGGGGGCAUGACCAUGUCUAUGAAGUUCUAGAGAUAAACAAUAAAUACGUUGUCAAAAGUGGUACUGAUUUCCGACAAUUCAGCAAGAUUACCAUCAACUUCGGUACGGAGGCAACUCGCGUGGAUAUAGCCGACGUCGAUGUGACCAGCUCGUAUGAAGAGGAUCCAGUUUUAAAGGCGAAGGUCGAAAAAUAUUCUGCUAUGAUAGACGGAAAGAUGGAUGAAGUACUUGGCAAGUUUUGCGUACCUUUGGAAGGUAGAUUUUCCGUUGUACGCCGUCAAGAAUGCAAUCUUGGUAACUGGGUCUGUGACGUGCUCCUAGCGGCUACCGGUGCUGAUCUGCUAAUCCUCAACUCUGGCACAUUCCGAUCAGAUCAGGUUCAUCCAGCGGGAGACUUCACUCUACGCGACCUGUCCACCAUUAUCCCCAUGCGAGACCCUCUGGUAGUCGUAGAGGCGACCGGUGAGACUGUCCUCAAAGUGCUGGAGAAUGCCGUGUCUAAGUACCCAAGCUUGGAAGGAAGGUUUCCACAGGUAGCUGGAGUGUCAUUCGCCUUCGAUCCCUCAAAGCCACCGGGCGAGAGAGUCGCAGAACAGGUGGUGAAGAUCGGUGAUGAAUACCUUCAACGUGACCAGAAAUACCGGUUAGCUGUGAAACAGUACCUACACUCUGGUAAUGAUGGUUUUACCAUGCUACCCCAAUGCCCAGUAUUGGUUUCAGAGGACAUGUGCCCCGAGAUAGGAAUGGCCAUACAGAACCACUUCGCAGCGAUCAACGUGAGGACGGGAAAGUCCAGGCCGUCCAAACAUAGACAGUCUCUUGUUACGUUAAGCCGAAGACACAGUCUAGUUAAGAUGUUGGACGGAAGCGAACUAGAUGGUCCACCACCAUUACGAAGAGCGUCCUCGACUGUAGUCGAACCUACGCACUCUACGCACCACAGACCAAUUCUAUCUCACCACAGACUCACCCGACGCGCGUCGCUCGAUGACUUGGAGCAAAACGCGUGCGAACUCGCGCCCAAGAUCGAAAACCGGAUAGUGAUCCUCGAUAAACCAGAGAAAUUUCAAGAACUACUAGCGGAAAGAGCGAGGUGGGAAUCGGACUCCGUUAUAAAAGAGGUGGACGAAAACUCACCGUAAUAUGUUCACCAUUAACCAUAAACGCCUAAAUUAUAAUGCUAUUGUUUAGUCGAUAAUCAACAGUACCGGUCCUUGAGCAAAGUGGAAUAAGUCGCUUUAAAUAUAAAAGGGAAUUUCAACAUCUUAUUAUAAAAAUAAUGAAACUUUGACGACCUCCGUGGUCGAGUAGUGUGUACACCGGUUUCGUGGUCGAGUCGAUGAGGAAAAUUUUCAUUCAUUUUCUAUGUCGUCUUGGGUCUGGGUGUUUGUGGUACCGUCGUUACUUCUGAUUUUCCAUAACUCAAGUCCUUUAGCUACUUACAUUGGGAUCAGAGUAAUGUACGUGAAUUUGUCCAAUAUUUAUUAUUAUUAUUAUUACUUUGGAUUCGAACUUGUUAUUAUAAUGCUCGAUAUUAUUAAUACAACCAAAUGAAAAAGUCAUUCCGAAUCGUCAUCGUUGCGGUUUAAAUACCCAUCGAAUUGUAGGAGUAUGGUAUAAAGUGUACUUGUGUUAACCCACACACUUGCGCACAAUAACACCUCCUAUUCUGUGUCGAGCUGGAUUUCUAUUGGACUAAAACUGUCUGAAUAUAAAUCGUAAAGAAGAUUUUAUAUUGAUUAGACUAAUUCAUUAUUCACAAAGUACGCUCAGGGUCGGUAUUAACGAUGUAUUAAUGAUUAUUAAUAGAAUUUAUAUUAAUAACAUGUAAUCGUACAAUCGUAUUUGUAUUAUUUUGAUUAUAACGUUCAGAUUAAUAAAUAAAGAUUGAUAAAUGACGUAACGUACUAACGUCAGUACAGACAGCAAAAAAAAAUCACUUUAAAAAAUAUGUUGACAGAUCAAUGUUGUAUAACAAUGUACAUAGUUAUAGGAUUUCAAGUAAAAUUUCUUAUGCGUCACGGCGUUAAAUAUUAAUCCUCUCUUUGACGACUAAUUCACAACAAAUGACAAUAACUCCAGCAAUAAGAAAACAAUAAAAACAAACACAUAGUCACGCACGUGUUACAGAUUCGAAUAGUGUGAAAGAGAUAGCACGAAAAAAAGCUACCAUUUAUAAAUCUUUUCUCUAUUCGCACGUUAUGCAACCACAAUCACACAAACAUAAAUUGUACUAGUGUAUUCAAAAAAUAGCGAAUCUAUGUUCGAAAUUCAAAUUUAUUUUUGGAUCUAAUGACAAGGCUUAAAAUUCGUUUCUAGAUUAUACAUCUGUUCUAUCUGUGCGUAUAAGCGUUAACGUAUCGACGUGCAUCAACAGAUACAAUCUUAUUUGUAUUUUUUUGCUGUCUCUAUUCUUAUAUUAGCCAUCUCACGCACACUAAGACACCUUGUAAGCACGAGCGUCACUCACUAAUGCACGUAAAUUAACCAAUGAGCGAAUAGUUCUAUAAUUGCCUGUAAUUAUUAUUUUUGGUGUCAAAAGCAGGUGUUUCUCAGACUUUACCGCGAAUAAUUAAACAGUUACAAUACGAUAAAUGAAUGAUUAAAUGAUAAAGCGAGACGGCAUGUCGCGAAACUUUAGUGUCAUCUCGCUUCUUUCUCGUUUUAUCAAUAAAUAGUUUUUGUUUUUUUAAUAUUUAUUACGUAAAAUAUAAAUUAAUAUAUAAUGUUAUAUUACCAAUUUUAUUUACAAAUCCAGCUGACAACGCUGAAGAUAUAUUUUUUUAAAUAUUUUUUUUUUUGUUAUUAACAAAUAUGAUUACUACAUUAAGUUCACAGAUUAUUAAUUAUUGUACAUAAUCGGCUUUACCUAUGAAUUAUGUUUAGGGGGCGACAAGUUAAACUCUGUCCUUGUCUUCCAAAUGUCAAAACAAUAAUGUUAGGGCGAGAUAAACGCUUAAAUGAGCCCGCUAAACAACGUUCAUGGGUAAGGCUUUAUAUUGUCUUUAGUGAUUAAAUAAAAUAUUUAUUUAUAUAUCAACCAGGGGCGGAUGUCCCUACAGGCCAAGUGAGUCUAGUGGUUUAAUUUAGGGAUGAAAGGUGUUCCGCCCUUGUGAACUCAUAUUUAAACACUCAAAAAUGUGUCCGUAGCACCUCGCAGCAAUAAAUGGCUUAAUAAAAUUUGUAUGUCUUAUAUAUUAAAAAUCUUAUACAUCAAAGUUCGUGUAUUAUAGGGAAUAGGAAACAACUUACUCCCAGAGGCAUAGGGCUGUCAAGGCAUCAAAUCCGCCCCUGAUUUUGACAAUUAAGUUUGAGGUUUUAUUGCAAGCUAAUAACUGUAUUGAUAUUUAAAUUUAUCAUAAAUUCAAAAUUAGAACUCAUUUCAUGUGGUACAUAUUUUUUUUUAAACAAUAAUCAUACAAUUUAAGAGUUUAAUUACUACGAUUAAAUAACGAUAUUCGCUUGAAAUAUAUCAAAGAAAUAGCUACCUCAUAUAGUAUUUCCUAAUUAAGUAUUAAAAACAAAUAAGUUUGUUUUAAAUCAUCAUUAUAUGUUUUUUAAAUACAUAGUUGCUAGUUUCAACGGUUAAUAUAUCUACAUACGUAAUGACAUUACCGGAUAAUUGUCUGAACUGUUAGUUGAAUUUAGACUGAUUGUUAAGAGACUAAAAAAUUAUGAACCAUGAUUAUAAGCGAUCGUCUUCUGUAUUGUUUAUUAUUUUUGACGGCGACAUAUGUCAAAAUGAAAUGUCAGUUUAAAUGUCAAACUUGACAGCUACGAUGUCAAAAUAAGGUAAUAGCAAUAAUGUUUAUCGUUAAAUCGUAAACUUCUAUCGUCUUCCUAUUGAUUCCAUUGUAAGCAAUAAUUUUAUUUGCUAUAUAAACUUCUUCUUGACUAGUUCUCCUACAAUCAAUCGCACAAGUAUGGCCAUAGCAUUAAAAUUGAAUUUUACCAUAAGACUUGCUUCUGCGGUAGGUAAGAAAUGAAUUCUAUUGUUUCCUGUUGAUAUAUAUUCUUUAUUAAAAUUUAUAAUAAACCCGAUUUAUAUAAUAUAAUAACUAGAACAAAACUGGUCAAGUAAAUUUAAAUAGACGCAUUAAAUAUUCAAUUCAAAUUUAAUGGCUUUUAAUUGUGCCCAACCGGGCACAGAUUCGUUAAAUAUUAUUUACAAAUUUUGACACUAAUUUGAAGGGACUUAGUGUAGCCAUAAAAAUAUUUAAUAUAAUGAAUGAAGUGAUAUUAACUAACGUGAUAAAAUUGUAUUUUUUUUAAAUUAUUUAUUAAGUUAUUGUAAACGAUAAACGAAUUCUUUAAUUUGAACGAAAGUGCGUGGUCAUACAUAAAAUAAUAUCACAUAACUAUUUACUUUAGCUAACCUUAGAUGGCAAAUCAUUUAGUCCUUUCAAAUUAGUAUAUAGACUGGAUACAACAAACGUAACACCAAUUACUAAAUAUAAUUUUAUUGACCAAUUUAUAUACAACCAGUAACACUAAACUCCAUUCCACGAAACGAGCUUCCCAAAGGAUAUAGCCCUAAUGCGUUCAUUUCUUAAUGCUCGUGACGUCCAUCAACCAAAACAUUUCUUAAGAUUGUCUUACAUGCUGUAUUCGCUAAUGGUUAGUGAACCACGCGCAUCGACCACUUGGAAUGGAUUAGGGGAUAAUCGUCUUAAGACAGAUACAAGUUAGUUUAAAUUUUAACGCUGUUUAGCGGGUGCUUAGUUAAACACUGAUAUCUCGUUCAGUCAGCAUUGUUUUAACAUUUGAUAGAAUAAGACAGCACUGUUUAACUUAAACACUCCCUAAACGAAAUUGACAUAUAGGUAAAUGAUGAGUUUAUAAUUUUUAUUUACGAAAGCAACUGUUCAACCGUAACAUAGUAAUACUUGAAUUUGUAUUAUUAUUAUUUUUUUUUAUAUUCAAAAGAUUACACACACUGCCGUUGAAAAUGAAUACACGUCCAUGUUUGUUUCAUUAACGAAAUUAUCUUAUGAGUAUUGAAAGUAUACAUUUAUUGUUUGAUUUGUAUUAAAAUAGUUACAUUGAAAUCCAAUGAAUUUAUCUGUGAAAAUAUGUAUUAUGCUUAUGAUUCGUGAUAAGUACUAUAUGAUACCAUAAAUCCGAAGAUUACACUGGCUCACUCACCCUUGAUAACGAAACAGCCGAUGGUAAGUGGAUAAAACUGCGACUUUGAUUUGCGAAGAGUAAUGUAUAAAUUAAUUGGUACCGAAAUAUAAUAAAAUCGUAUUAUCUAAGCAAUAAGAAUGCUUUUCGUGUAGCCUUUUUAUAUAAUUUGAAAAGCCUAAAUACAUUAAGACGUAUUUUUAUAAAGUAAAUAGUUAUAUCGAAAUUAUAAUAUUCUAUAUAUAUACUAUAGAUAAAGACAAGCACCUCAUAAUAUAUAAGACGCUAGUGCACAAUCACAUAUAAAUGUACUAGGACAUAAUGAAUCGCGAUUAUUAUUAUCAGUACUGUAUAGAAAUGUUUUUUUUUUUUUUUAUGUUAAUAUAUAGAAUUGAAUUUAACAUUAAUCAGUAAUUUAGGAUAUUUUUAAUUUAGACUGACGUGUAUGGUUGGAUUUACGUAGGGUCGACAAAACAUGAAAUUUUUUUAAUUGUUAGAUAUUUUUAAUAUGGAACCGCUUUAAAAUUCAGUUGUAUGAUUUGAUCCACACUUCGAAUAAAUUAAAGCUUGUUUAUAUAUUAAAAGGAUAAUUUUUGUAAUCAAGCAGUUUAUUUAUCAAAAUGUGUAAACCUGUACUAAACUUACCAUUAUAAACUAUUUUAAAAUAUUACACAAAAUUAUGUCAAAUACACGUUUUUAUAUAUUACAACAAAUUGACAAGUGAGAUGUCUAUGUACAGUCAGAGUAAGAAAACCUCCGUCAGUUUUCAAAUUCAUUCCUUUAUCAAGUCGUAAACUCUUAGUACAUUUCGAAACUAAAGCAUUAAACAGAAAACUGUACAUAAAA